UCAAUAUCGACAUUUCUGGCAUGUUUGUUGAGUGAGUGAAGACGACCAACCUCUUCUUCUAUCUACUCUCUGGAAACGAUGAGUGCCGCGUUUCUGGAUAAGUUUAUUCCAGCAGGAUGCAUUGUCCUUCAAGAAAGACUGCGUCCGGUGUGUCCGAAGGAACUCCAGGUCCAGGAUGAAUGGCUUCACUUCCGCUCAACUGCAACCGACGAUAACCCUGAGGAUCAUAGCUAUCUCGAAUCGCUGUCACGAGACACAUUGAUCACUUCAAUAAUAGGACUGUCGAAAGUGACAAUAGACUGCCGGCGUCUGCUUCGCUAUGGCUGGAUUCACCUGACCUACAACCACGGCUGUGGUGUUGUUCGAGUUUACGUGCUACCUGACGACGUGGACAACGUGACCAUCCCAAGGGCUAGCUCCAUCUUGAAGAAAGAUCGACAAAGUUUGCUAAGUCAGUUGGACUAUUCGACGGCAACCUGGCAUGGACGGCCUACUUGUUUCUUUGUCCCAACCACCACCCAUCCUCCCAUGUUUGAGACCGCAGCGUCAAAUGCAGAACUGUACCCACCGAACCAGGAACAGUGCCUUCUCGGGAUCUUCAGUAGGAUUCCACCCCCAGAUCCAAGGCCUGAACAAGUCGAAGAUGCCGAUGUUUACGACGCUAUGUGCUCCCUCCUCGACAGCGAUGUUCCCGGCCUGAGGACUACCCUCUAUCCAUAUCAACGACGAUCUGCUGCCCUAAUGCUUCAGCGGGAGACACGAUCACAACCAGUAUUGGACCCACGACUGGUCAAAGUUGUCGAUCAGUUUGGAAAGUCUUGGUACUACGAUGCAGUGACUGGCUCCGCCUAUCGUGGGCCACGGUACUAUGACCGCCCACUUGGAGGAAUCCUUGCUGAAGAGAUGGGCUCUGGGAAAACACUGAUAUGUCUGUCUCUCAUUCUUGCUACCAAACAUAUCCCGACCCGAACGCCAGAAAUCUUUCACUCAGAGGCGUCGCCGGUUCGACCAACAGUGGGCAGCAUGAUGGAUAUGGCUGCAGCUUGCAUCACAAAACAUUCUAUUCCCUGGAAACACCUCCUUGGGAGUGACUCAUCAAGCGGGCUUCAGUUUGCAACCUGUUCUGCUGCUGUUAGACGGAACCCAGGAUUCUACCAACUCCCUCCCCAGGGUGGACCUCGGUCAGUACGCCAAAGGGGUUCGACCGAUACCUCCAUGCGGAAAAUCUUCCACAGCAGUGUGUCGCUUGUUCUUGUUCCUCUCAAUCUAUUACAACAAUGGAGGCAAGAAAUAGCCAAACACACCGUGGGACUUCGGGUCAUUGUGUGGUCUUCUAGCGAGAAUCAACCUUUGCCCUCUCUUGAAGAGGUACUGGACAGCGACAUUCUGCUGCUGUCCACCACGCAGUUUGAGAACUUGCGGAAGACGGAAAAAGCGGCUUCUGCGCUCAGUAUUUUAAAACAGGUGCAUUUCAAGCGUUGUAUAGUUGAUGAAGGUCACACACUGGGUGGCGCGACAAACUUCAACAAGCGAAACAUGCAGCUCAUCAUCGACGAGCUGCAAAUUACAGCAAAAUGGAUUGCUACGGGCACGCCUUCGAAGGGACUGUAUGGUCUUGAUGCUUCUUCUGACACAGCCAACGGGAGCCGGGAUCAAUCUCUCGAGAAGAUCGACCUGGAGCGGAUUGGUUCAUUGGCGACGUUUUACUUGAAGAUGCGACCUUGGGCGAACCAGUCGUCCGAGACCGGCGAUACACCUGCUCAAUGGGCUCAUUAUGUUACUGCGCGCUGGCCGGGUUUGAUUGCCACAGUGAACAACUGCCUCAAGACUACGCUUGAUUCGUUGAUAAUUCGGCAUCCGUUAUAUGAGCUUGGGAAUAUCCUUCCGGUGGUUGACAAGAAGGUUGUAUUUUUGGAGGGCUCUUAUCAGGACAGGCUGACACUCAACCUGUUCUCCAUGAUGAUCAUCUUCAACGCCGUGCAGUCAGAGAGAACUGAUCAGGAUUACUUCUUUCACCCCCGACAGCGAAAGGCUCUAUUGGAGCUUGUUGGCAACUUGAGACAGGCAAGUUUCUUUGGCGGCUCAUUCUUCUCGCCGGCGCAAAUCAGCAAGUCGAUAGAGACCGCAGAGGAGUUUUUGAAGGAAGGCAAAGUACAGGUCAGUGCCGAGGAUCGUGCUUUGCUUGGUGAGGCUAUCAGCUUUGGUAGAUUGGCACUCGGAAACACCAUCAAGGAAUGCGCAAAUCGGUUUCGGGACCUCCCCAUUUAUGUUCAGGACUUUCCGUUUGCUGCAGGUCGAGAGUGGUCCCUCGAUGACGAGGAGGGUGAUCCAGUCUGUACGGCUUCUGGAAUAAUACUAGAGCUACAAAGGUUUCUUCAGCCAUUGUUGGAUGCACCGACAGCUCUCCAGAUGAUGUUUGCGAAUGGACGUCUGGCACUGCGUGGCCAGGAAGGAAGGACAAAGUUGAUCGAAGCUCAGACCCCAGCCACUUCGACACCGAACAAAGUACUUGCUGGCAAUACGGAACUUGGCCAAGAUAGCAGUAGCCCCGUCAAACGGCGCGCUACAAUAUUGGGGAGAAACGUCCAGAUGCAGCAAGCGCCUUCACUUCCAACAGCAGAGGUCAAGGGGACAGGAAUUGCUGCACCGCUUGCGAAGACUCGGCUCAUCUCAACCGCUUCCGCAAAACUGUCAUACCUCAUCGACCAGGUGAUCAAGUACCAAGAGCAUGAACAAAUCAUCAUUUUCUACGAGAAUGACAAUGUGGCUUACUAUCUCGCAGGCGUUCUGGAAAUUCUUCAAGUACAACACCUCAUUUACGCGAGAGGUUUGAGUCCACAACGACGCGCAGACUAUGUUGCAACAUUUAACCAAAGCUCCAAGUUCAGAGUCUUGCUCAUGGACAUCACCCAAGCAGCUUUCGGUCUGGACAUGAAGUCCGCUUCCAGAAUUUACUUCAUCAAUCCGGUUCUUAACCCGCAAGUCGAGGCCCAAGCCAUUGGUCGAGCACGACGUAUCAGCCAGCAGAAACCCGUCACAGUCGAAACGUUGGUUCUCAAAGACAGUGUGGAGGAAGUUAUUGUUCGACGCCGCAAAGAGAUGACACAAGCAGAGCAAAGAAAGUGCAAGUCUAUUCUAGACGACAAGCCCAUUUAUGAAUGGAUCCUGAAUGCCAAGAUCUCUCCAUUGCCGGGAGGUGAUGACCAGCCGAUCGGAGGACCGGAUCAAAUGGCGAGGCUGCAAGAGCCGCAGUUCUUGUUCGGGAGAGGUUCCGGGAGGGAACUGAACCACCCUGAUGAAGACAUUGUCAAGGCAGAUGAUGCUGUGGUGCCAAAGAAGAUGGAUGCCCCGAUCUAUAACGGGGUCAAUGGGGGUCUGAAGAGAAAGAUGAUGCCGGUCCAGCCGGCGACGGUUUUUGAGACUUCCAACGGCGUUGAGCGGCCGAAGAAGAAAGUUCGGGUGGCAUUUGUCGGGCUGGACGGUGGUGAAAAGACUUGAUCUCUCAGCUGCCUGCUUCAUGUUUUCGCGUUGCUGCCAUCUCUGUGAGCCGCAGGACUCACUUCGUCUAGACGAACCUGGGUCUGUCAAAGAGCCGAAAAAGGCUUUCCAGGUUCUUUCCAAUAAAGCUCAGGCCUAGUAGCUAAGCUAAAAAGCCACACAUGGGCCAGUACAGCGGCUAGCCGUCCAAUCAACACAUAAUCAGCAGCGCCUCUGAGGCAUCAUGCACCGUGGCUAAGCAAUAUGCGCCAACAAAGAGCGAGGUCAGAGAAUCAUCAGUUCCGCUAUGUUGAUGGGAUUAAAGGGACAUCUUGGUAUGGGCAGGGCUGAACUUUUUUCAGCCU